GAAUUUGAGUGUGGGGAAAUAAGAGGCGAACGCAGUAAAUCAUUGUUUGUGCACGUAGUCCAAUGCACAUUUGCGAUAUAUAAAUAUAUUUAGUAGUUCAUUAUAUAUACGUUGAAUAAAAAGCGACUUGCUGACCUAACGUCUUUACUAGCACGGAGGUACUACAAUUCCCAGAAUGCUGCCGCGUAAACAAACAUGGCGUCGCCCGUGCCUGAAUUACAAACAACCCACAACACAACUUUAAGCUGCAGCUUCAUUCACACAUCUGAGGCCAUCGCUGAGCUGGUGGAGAAGGCCAUGGCCUUCUCUGUGAUCUCUGCUUGAUCUCUGUGAGCUCACUGAGGCCAAAUCGACCAAACAGACUCCGCUCAACUACCUUAAGAGCCUGAAAAGUACCACACGGUCAACACCGACCUCAUGCAGAGCAAAGAGCUGCCGUACAUCGGGUCUCUGCAGAAAAGCUGCGCGAAAUUGGUCAGCAAGGAAAUCGUCCAGAAGAGGUAAGUGUGUGAAGACCGAGUGUUAAGACCUGCGACUCUUCCAGCGCGACUCCACCGAGCUAAGACACCGGCAAGGCACAUCAGUUUAUUUAAAAGGGUGAAUUUUUUUUUUUCUAGUUUUACACAAAUGUAAUAUAAAACAUAGGGCUCCACAUAAUGUGUCUGGGAAGUUUCAGCUCAUAAUACACCACAGAUCUUUUAAUUUACCAUGCGCUACAUUCCCAAUUUUGCAUGUGAGGAGGAACGCGCUGUUUUGGUGUGUGUGUCUCUUUAAGUGCAAGUGAGCUGCUAGUCUCUGCCCCCUUUUCAGCAGAAAACGUGCUGUGAGCCUGUGCUUCCAGCGAACACAUUCGGGAGAGAGAACCUUUACUUUAAUAUACUUAAAAUGUAGGUAAUUAUACAAUUAUCAUUUAUUUAGCACCUUUGUCAGAAUAUUUUACGAGUUUUAUUAAUUCUUAUAUUUUUAUAAUAAGAUAUCUGCUGCUAUAUUUGCUCUUUGGGUUAUGCAAGCAAACAAAAUUCAACCUUAGUCAAUAUUUAUCCUUCAUUUUGUAUUAGCUGCUAGUGCAGUUGUAACUGCAACACUACAACUAACGAUAGAAGCCAGCAAGAUGCAGAGGGAGACCAGGGAGACCGACAUUAUGAUGUUUACAAGCCCAAAACAUUUGAGACUGUUUGCUUACACAUUUAGUUUGAUUUGAUUUGUUCCAAUUUAUUCUUAGAGCAAAAGGUGGGGACAGUGCAAUAUGUUGAAGUAUGUGUUAUUCAAUAUGUGCAUUAUGUUUUUAUGUUUAAAGCAUGAGGAAGGGUUUGGGACAGAACCAAACUCUGAAUCUGAUAUUGACUCAGAUGAAUUUGAAGUGAAAUAAUGAUGAAUAUAUUUUAUAUCAUAUCACCGUUAUUGAAUAAAGUAUACUGUGGUAUAUUGAUACUAAAUUAUUGUCCGGCCCUAUAGCUAAACCAAACCUGCUGUUUUCCCUUUUGGUUAGAUUCUACAUCAGAUUAAACAGCACAAACCAAAAAUACAGACUACUGUACAAUCUGCAGUGUUAUUUUUAUGGCAACAUAAUAUUUCAACUUACCUUAAUUUUAUGGAAAUUCGGUGUUGGUCGGAAGAAAAAUGCACUUCACCUCCAAGUCACAGCCAGCUUGCUUUCCGAUUCUGAAUGGACAGUUAACGUUUUGAGCGUGAAACAUGGCCUUUGCCUACAGGCCCCAGAGAUGUCCGAACUGCCUGACCAAAUUACAGUUUAAUACAGUAAAAUUCGUAAAUUAAGGAUAUGUGAGAGAAUUAACAAACGAUUUAACUACUUCGCUGGCUUCAUUAUGAAUGAGCCUAAUUAGGUGUUGUUGUGCAUAACAGGCAGUGUGGUGGAGACUACUGAAAAUCUGUAGUCAAGUACAAUUAAGUGCAUUGCUAAAAUAUUACUCAAUUACGAGUAAAAGUACCGGUGUUAGAGAAAUACUCAGGUAAAAGUACAGUUUGUAAAAAAAGACAAAAAUAUUCAGAGUAUUAGUUACUUUUAACCACUGAUGUCACCGUCACUUCUCCAGACUAGGGCUGGAAAUUGUGUGUUUUCCUUUACCAGAAGUUAACAUGCCAACAAUCUAUUAUUCAUUAAUAAUUGAUAAGAUGCAAAACAAGUGUUUUUCCCUCAUAUUUUUCUCAUUUAAGUUUUUAUUUCCUUAUUAAGCAAAUGUCUCCGACAGACAAAAAACUAAAUUUUGAGGAGCCACAACUAUUGAUUAAAUAUCCAUGAAUACAUUUUUAACUGGUUAAAUUCUUCAUUCAGAAUGAAAGAUCAAUAACGUCCUUUUUUUGUUUUGUUUUGUUUUCCGUCCUCACGACCCGGUUUUCAUCGGCUUGUUUGCUAUCAAAUCACCUUACUAGCUACAAAAAUGCAGAUAAAUGGUUUGGAUAUAGAUCAGUAAUCAUCUAUGAUUUUAAAAGUAAUUUAGUAGAUUACAUGGAUUAAUGAAUAUUACAAGUAAAAGUAAAGGCUUGAAAAUCUACUCAUAAAAGUACAAGUACCCCCAAAAACUACUUACAGUAAUCUGAGUAUUUGUAAUUAAUGACUUCCACCUGAGAUACCAGAAACCACUCCCCAAGCGGGUCUUGAAUCUGGGUAUCCGGCGUGGUAGAUGGCUGUGCAAACUGACCAAACGCCAAUAGCAAAAUGGGUCCUAUGAGGCAUCAGGGAGGCAUUUACCCAACAUUCUACAGGCAACUAUAUGUUAUAAGCAACUUAUGUUAAGUUAGCAAAAUAUUCAUACAAUAGAAAUAUUGUAAAUAUUCAAAUGACAGCAGUAGCAAUGCUGUCUCCUUUACACUUAUCCCCAUAAAUCUGUCCCAAUCUGGGUCACUGCACCAAUGAAAGUGUUUAUGUGAAUGCUCCAUGCACUGUCGGAAGGCUUUCUGAAGCUUUAUUCUUUUACUUAAAUUGAAAGGGCCUCUGUCCUUACCCGCCUACGUCUUUAACUACCUCAGCCGCUCCCUUUACCGUCUUAAACCAUAAACCAUGUAUAUGUCAAUGCAUCCUGAAGAUCUUCAGAUAGCCUAACCAAACAGAUCUACUGUACCUCUUACAGCCAACACAUCAGUCAUUGUUGGUGUAUGAGCUACACCUUGAUAGAAACACAUGCUACUCCUUGGUCCAAGGACAUCUAACAAAACAGAAGUGGCAGACAGAUUGAUGAUGAGGCCUCCUGAAAGUCCUUUUUUUCUUUUUUCCACUUGUUCUGUCCAGCAUCGAAGCAAGCAGAAUGAUGCUCUGUCUGCCAUGUUGUGACGAGCAGAUUUUGCUUUGCCAAGAGGAGCUUGAAUGAUAAGGCUCCCCUUGAUAUCCUAAGUUAAGCUUAUUUUAUUUAUUUUUGAUGCUUGUUUGUAGAUGAGCAUUACAAAUAUUGCUGGACCUGAACCAAUCACCCAAACCCAUGUCCACUUGGCCCAUAAAUAUGCCAUUCAAGACCCAUAUAUGUGUUCCCAGUUCAAACCCAUGCCCACUUGGCCCAUAAAUAUUCUAUGCAGGACCCAUAUGUGCAUUCCCAGUUCAAACCCAUGCCCACUUGGCCCAUAAAAAUUCUAUGCAGGACCCAUAUGUGCAUUCCCAUUUCAAACCCAUGUCCACUUGGCCCAUAAAUAUGCCAUUCAAGACCCAUAUAUGUGUUCCCAGUUCAAACCCAUGCCCACUUGGCCCAUAAAAAUUCUAUGCAGGACCCAUAUGUGCAUUCCCAGUUCAAACCCAUGUCCACUUGGCCCAUAAAUAUGCCAUUCAAGACCCAUAUAUGUGUUCCCAGUUCAAACCCAUGCCCACUUGGCCCAUAAAAAUUCUAUGCAGGACCCAUAUGUGUAUUCCCAGUUCAAACCCAUGUCCACUUGGCCCAUAAAUAUGCCAUUCAAGACCCAUAUAUGUGUUCCCAGAUCAAACCCAUGCCCACUUGGCCCAUAAAUAUGCCAGUCAAGACCCAUAUAUGUGUUCCCAGAUCAAACCCAUGCCCACUUGGCCCAUGCCUGUCCCUUAGGGGGCCCAUGUAAUCAGCUCAUAUUGGCUUCCUAUGUGGGACUUGUACUACAAAACCUUCAUGGGACCCGUUGAUUUCACCCAGCCACAGCCCGUGCCCACACAGUAUCCAUGGAACCCGUAGUUAACCCAUCUGGGCCCCACGUGUCAUUGCUGUCUGGGCAGACACGUUGACGAGUGCACCUAGAAAGAAAGACAGAUUAAACUCAUUAAGCUGUGUGCCCAUAAAGAAACAAUGAAUUCGAACACCGGUUAUUUUGCAGAAGUAGUGUAGUGUAGUAGGAAUAUGAGUACAUUAUAUUCAUGCGCGAGCUAGCAUUUUUCAUUUUCUUUCGCACACCCCUGCUGAAAAAAACCCCAAUACAAACCAUACUAAUGGUGGCCAUCAAAAUACCAUUAUGGACAAUUUACAAAUGGACAAUUACAUUUUCGCUUUAAAUAUUCGAGCGUGCUAAGACCGCGUUUGUGUGUGUGCAAAUCCCUCAGUGGCCCUUCACUGGCACCUGGCGGCAGACUUUAGAACGGACGAGACAAGGGGGUGCCUCUCUCUUCCACCACGACUCGUCUAUAUUUGGCAACAUCCUAGUAAUGACGACCUGGAAUCUAUAAUGUAUUUUCGCAGCAUAGCACGGUAUAAGCAUAUUUACACGUUGCAAGAAUUACUGAUAACUUCGUCAUAUAUUUACUUAAAAAAAGAAUUCUUUGUAUCAUGCAGAUCAUAGACAUUUAACUAUGCUAUUUAAGUUUAAACUGAAGAAACCAAACUGGCACUGUGUAAAAUUAAUAUGUUUUUUUGUUUAUGUUUUUUGUCCCCAUUUGAAUAUUUAUAAUUUUAAAGACCUGUAAAAUAUUCACCACACUGGUCUAAAAAUAUCCUUCAUUGGGAUCUAUGGACCACUUUGAAAAGUAUAACCACCCCAGGUCCAGCAGAACUUCCCGUUUCAGUUUUUAUCAAGUGUUUGGAGCAAAAUACAACAAAAACAAAAACAGGAGCCUUUAUUAAAUUUAUACUGUUCAAAUAAUUAUUAUCUUCUUUUCCAGCAUCACUUGGUGUCAGAAUAUUGUACUGUAAGUGAUAAAUACAAAUGUCAAUGUGCAUUUAAUAUUUGACAUGUUCAUCAUAUACAUAGCAUUUAAUUAAAGGUCACUGAUGAAACUAAAUGUGAGAUGUCUGUUAGAACUCAGUCAUGUUUGCUCUUUGUCUGCCUUUUUUGGGUUAACAUCAGCUAUACAAGACCCAAAGGCUCUUUUAAGAGCCCCGACCAGAGCAUCUUUGGCUUUGUAAGUAUACAUUUUGACUGUCAGAUACCUCCUCUGUAUAUGGGUUCAAGGUUAUAAAGCCUGUUAGUCAUCGGUGAUAUAGACAUAAUUCUUCAUAUUUAAACAUUCUACAUCAAAAUUUUGAGUUUUUGAUUGUGGAUUAUGCAGAAGAGGCCUCCCUACCCUUCUUCUGCAUUUCACAAUACAGAAACUCAGUCACGUGAUGUCAGGUGCAAACACCCUAUUUGUUUCUGAUCUUAAAGUGAUUCUGGAUAACAAUGCAAGCUUCUUACCUUGCCAAUCAUAAACUGUGUCAUAUUGUGUUUAGCUUUUGCAUAUUCAUGACAAUAUGUCAAUAAUAAUUUUGAAUUAAUAAUCUCAAUUUUACAGACUUAUCUAGCUGUCAGACACGUGUGUGCUUAAAUUGAUUUAAUUUAGAUCAUUCUUAAUUUGAUCACAUAUUACAUAAAAAAUAUAUUUUUAUAAUUUGCAGCACAACUGCAACAUUUGCCAAAGACUGUACUGUCAUGUUAACAAUUGCAAGUAAUAUUUGAUCUACUCUUUUGUUUUUUAGAUCUUCACUGUUGUUUCCACAAUUUUCGGACACUUUCCAUUUCAAGAUGGAGAAAAAAACUUUUGCGGUUGUGGAAUUUGCCGAUGACAAUUCCAUAGAAAUUGUCCCAACCACAUGGUUGGAGGAAGCCAUCGAAGUUUGCAUUUGUCUUUAAAAAACCUUAAUAAAACAUUAACUUACAAUACUGAUAUGUAACCUUUUUACAGGGAACAUUCUGUUACUUGACAUUUACUAACACAAGGAAGUUGGUAAAAAAGAAUGCAAUGCCUGACAAGCAAAAGUGGAGGCGGCACCCCAUAAAGAAGAUUUAGCUACAAACAGAUGACAGCAGAGAUACUCCAAUAAAGAAAACUAAAAUAUCAAAACCUGUUCCACUCAAAUAUCAGCCAUUGCCUAAAAAAUCCCACAAGACAUGGAUUUGGCUUGAAGUGUUUUCUGUCUCAUCCAGAGAGCGACAACAAAAGACAAGAUCACCAGAUUUAUUCUCAGAUGAAUCAUUGCCGGAGUGCUCACUGACAAAUAUGUCACCGCUCCAUCAAGCAGGUACAUAUUUCUACAGUUUUACGACACGAAAGUCCACUGGGGGCGCUAAAGAGAAGACCUCUGUGUGACACAUCGAUGACGGUCGACUCCACAUACAACACGAUUGACAGUCAGAGAGAUGCCGGGAAACACACAGGAAUUGUGCCCCGGGUGCAACACCCUGAUAAGUGUUGCAUUCAAGACAUGCCCACUUUGCAAACAACUCCAGCCGUACAAAACAAAAGUUGCAAAAAAGAGAUGCAACUUUCAAAAUAAGAAGGCUGAAUGGAAGAAGUCAAUCGAGAAAAACAACAACAGGACAGUUGUACUUAAUAGCUGCCAUGUAAUGCUUGACAAACUUGCUGCCCUUGAUUUCUUCCCCAUACUACUUUUGGGAAAGAAAUUAAAGGGAAAGUUGGUGGCCGAUGCCAUCCUUGGAGGGGAUUACGUUUUGGAUCCCGAUUUGUUUCAGAGGGUUAAAUUGAUGUAUGAAGCAGUGCUAAAGAUUCAUUGCUACUUGUGGCCUUCUUCUGUCUUUGACAAAGAAACUACUGACCCUCCAGAAGCUACUGCCACCAGCCCUCCAGAAGCUACUGCCAUCAGCCCUCCAGAAGCUACUGCCACCAGCCCUCCAGAAGCUACUGCCACCAGCCCUCCAGAAGCUGCUGCCACCAACCCCCCAGAAGCUGCUGCCACCAGCCCCCCAGAAGCUGCUGCCACCAGCCCCCCAGAAGCUGCUGCCACCAGCCCCCCAGAAGCUGCUGCCACCAGCCCCCCAGAAGCUGCUGCCACCAGCCCCCCAGAAGCUGCUGCCACCAGCCCCCCAGAAGCUGCUGCCACCAACCCCCCAGAAGCUGCUCCCACCAGCCCCCCAGAAGCUGCUGCCCCCAUUCCCCCAGAAGCCGCUGCCACCAGCCCCCCAGAAGCCGCUGCCACCAGCCCCCCAGAAGCCGCUGCCACCUGCCCCCCAGAAGCCGCUGCCACCUGCCCCCCAGAAGCCGCUCCCACCUGCCCCCCAGAAGCCGCUGCCACCAACCCCCCAGAAGCCGCUCCCACCAGCCCCCCAGAAGCCGCUGCCCCCAUUCCCCCAGAAGCUGCUGCCACCAGCCCCCAAGAAGCUACUGCCACCAGCCCUCCAGAAGCCACUGCCACCAGCCCCCAAGAAGCCACCAGCCCUCCAGAAGCCACUGCCACCAGCCCCCCAGAAGCUACCGGUAUUGAUAUCACAGGCUCAUCAGAAGCCACAAGACCCCAGGCCCAGAAGGCCAAAAAUAGACCAAGAAAUGAAGUACACUAUCCAGUCCAACAGAUGGAAGCCAGCAAGAAAAAGUGGAACAGAGGAGGUCCUCAUUCGUUGGGUUCCAUGCAAGACCUGAGUCUCUGGCAGCCAGAGAGAAUUCCCACAAAUCCUGCAAGAAGGUUUAUGAGGAGCAACUGGAGUUGGCAGUCUGCAGGCACGUUGAGCAGAGAACAUCACAAUGCUGCUGGUUCCAUCUUAGGGCAGGAAGUGGAGAAGUAGUUGACUUCUAAAGCUAUAUAGAUCCCCCUUGGGACCUGGAAACCCUGAAUGCUCACCUUCACCUGGAAAUGAGAGCAUGGGCAGAUGGUUUGGGUGACUUGACAAAGGAUAUGCAGUCAACUGUCUUCUCAAUCGGUGGUACCACUUACUCAGUAGUCAACACAAACAGGCUGUAAAUGCAUACAGCAGUAUAGCCGUUAUGGAGGACAUUGAGGACAACUCUCCGGUGCUGAAGAUGUGCACAAAAAAGACUUUCCUUUCUAUUAAACAGCCCUUUUUUUGAGGUGAUUUACUCUAGAUAGGGCUCAUUACAAACCCAACUGUUUGAAAAUAGUGCACUUUGAUUUUUUAUUUUUGAACUAAAUCUACUAAGUGUUGUCACACAUAGCUUACAGAUAAUCAAGGCCAAAGGUCCAGCACAUAUAGAAUGGCAAUUCUAAGCUAUUAUUAAGAUAAACUCAAAAAUUGAAGAAGGAAUUUGCAAAUACUAAUAUUGGACUAUUAUUAUUAAUUUGGUUCAGCUUUUUUGUGACAACAAAGCUGUAGUUUCUCCAGACUGGCGUCACUACAUAGCAAGUUAAUCAUGCUAAUUUCUUAAAUAAUCCUAUUACAAAGCAUAAUUUGUUUUUCACACGCUUAAAUUGUACAGAUUUUAAGGGAAAAUAUUUUGUGUAUUAUUGUGUGUGUGUGUGUGUAUGUAUGUAAGCUAUGAUUGCAAUAGAAUGUGGAAAUGUCUUCAUUUGUCUUGAUGCAUACAUGCUGUUUGUCGUUUAAGCAUACUUGUUGAUGAACCCCAUCAAAUGGAAUUUAAAUCAUAGAUGUAUUUCUAUAAUGAUUUCCAUAUCGCAUCAUCCAAGUGUACAUCAAUAUAGACAUAAAUCAAAUCCACUUUCACUGACAUUCUGUAAAACUGUACAGAGAAAUGUAUUAAUUUGUCUUUAUGCAUAUGUUCACUGCUGUAAUAAACACAAUAAUAAUGG